AUGAACGAUCCAAAUCGUAAAAUUGAAAUUGAUAAAUCUUCGCUUCUUAGUUUGAAAGCGGAGCUCCUACGAAAGCAAGAAGAAGUGGGAAGAGCGAAGGCGUCCACAUCCGUAGAAAAUUUUGUACCGAAAAAAGCAACAAAAUCGAAAGAGGAUGGAAUCGAAAAACGCAUGGAGCAUGGAGACAAAAAGAAAAAAAUACGCCCCAUCGUCGUUGAGCUAGAGGACUCAGCACAGCUGGCACGGUCAAAGCAAAUGCUGCAAGCUAAAGCAAAAUACUACGAACGGAUGGUAGCUUCUGGUGGUUCACUGAAUAGUGAUGAAAAUAGUUUAGUGAUGUUCAAUAAGAAAAAGCAAGACACGAAAUCAGUUAAUAUCUUGUCCGAUGAUUCGGCACAAGAUAGCAGCGCAAGCUCUUCGGAUUACGGAAGUGAAGGAGAGGAAGAAAGUGACAACAAAUGGGUUGAAUACACGGAUUGCUUAGGCCGCACAAGAAAAUGUCUCAAGCAAGACUUGAAAGAAUGUUUAGCCAGAGACAAAGACCUGGAAAAAUCAAUGGCACCCCGUGAGGGACAACGCAGAGAAGAUUUAGAACGACCAUCCACCACAGUGGCUUCAGCAUCAAAAGCACCCGAAGAGACCGCCACCAGAAACCUAAAUGAUGUAAACGACGCCGACGACGAAGGGGAAAUCGUGGGACCUAUGCCUUCCGCGGCCAAUAAUGAAGAGGACGUUGGUGAGCGGUUCAGAAUGAUGAGAGAACAGUGGGCCCAGCAGGAGGAAGCCAAUUUGGAAAAGGACUCAAUGCAUUACCAAGAUGUUUUGUUCGAUGAGGCGCGAAUGCACGGUGUUGGAUACUACGCGUUUUCGACCGAUCAGCAAGAACGAAACCGGCAACGGGACGAGCUGGACACGAUCCGUGAAUCAACGGUGGAGGCGCAAAAGGAACGUGAAGCACUGCGAAUGGCACGAGACAAAUUAAUCAGCGAUCGGGUGAAGGCUGCACGUGCACGACAACGGGCUCGUUUGGGCUUGCCACCGGAAGUAGAAGAGGAACAGAAAAAUGACGAGGCAAAGCACGAACCGUUGUACGAUCAGGAUGAGGAAAAGCGUCGUUCGAAAGCCGAAGAAAAGCUGCGUAAAAAGAAGCAAAAGGAAGAACGUCGCCGAGAACGCGAGCGGGCAGAUCACGUGAGACCAUGGGACGAAGGAAAGGAGCAAAAUCCCGAAGAUAAAGAAUGGGUCCCGGCCAAAGAGCGGUUCAUUCUGUCGCAGCAUGAGUGGAACGAUCUGAAACGAAGCGAACGGAUCGCAGAAUUUGCUCCUCCACCAACCGAUGAGCGAUCGCGUCCUGCAGGACAACCACCACAUCAGGACACCCACAGACGUCAAUCGGAAUCAUCCGAAGCGAGCGAUGAUGAAACCCCCCUGGUUGGUCCAAUGCCACCGAUGGAGGCUGCUGUGGAAAAUGCACCUCAAUCUAUAUCUCUAGAGAACAUUCCCCUGCCGGAAGAAGAUUCAAACGUGCGAGCUUUGUACUUCACGACCAAAAAGAACUCCCAACCCAAGGAACUAAAACGGCGCAACCUAAAUGUUGUGGAAAUGAGCCAACCGGCUAAGCGGACAGCUCCAGUCCCGAUUCGUAACGAAUUGAGCGACUCCGAGGAACCAGAGAACGGCCCGUGUAAAGUUCAGCAACAGCGCAACACGGGAGCGGAGAUAGAGCCUCCAGCGACGUACGAAUACUAUGGACCGUCGGAUGUCGUCGCAGGUCGGCAUCGGUCGCGAACUGCACCGGAAAGUAAAUUAAGCUUGGAAGCAUCCAUUGAAGCUGGGCUAAAGUUUUUGAGGAACCAAUCGGACAAAGCCGGUGGUCCAGGCACCAAGAAUCGCUGGUCCUCCAACGCUGACUAUUGA